UCCCUGACUCCAGUGGUGGUGUUGAGGGCUUGUUCCCGCAGAGCAGGGGCUGGGGCGGGUUGUGGAUGGGAGCUGAGCAGGCUCCUGUGCCACACGGCCUUUGUUGCAGUGUACCUGGAGACCUACGGCUGCCAGAUGAACGUCAGUGACACCGAGAUCGUCUGGGCCAUCCUGCAGAAGAAUGGCUAUGCCAGGACAAAGGAGCUGGCUGAGGCAGAUGUGGUUCUUCUUGUCACCUGUUCCGUGAGGGAGAAGGCAGAGCAGGCCAUCUGGAACCGUCUGCAGCACCUCAAGGCGCUGAAGGCGCGGCGGCCCCAGGCUCGUGCUCGGCUCCGCGUCGGGAUCCUGGGAUGCAUGGCUGAGAGGCUUAAGGAGGAGAUUCUGCACAGGGAGAAGCUGGUCGAUGUCAUAGCAGGCCCUGAUGCCUACCGUGACCUUCCCCGGCUGCUGGCAGUGGCAGAGUCUGGCCAGCAAGCUGCCAAUGUCCUGCUGUCCCUAGAUGAGACCUAUGCUGACAUUCUGCCUGUCCAGACUAGUGCAAGUGGCACCACAGCAUUUGUGUCCAUCAUGCGGGGCUGUGACAACAUGUGCAGUUACUGCAUCGUGCCCUUCACCCGAGGCCGGGAAAGGAGCCGCCCCAUCGCCUCCAUCCUGCAGGAAGUGAAGAUGCUCUCAGAUCAGGGAGUAAAAGAAGUGACCCUCUUGGGUCAGAAUGUCAACAGCUUUCGAGACCUGUCUGAGGUGCAGUUUCAGUCAGUGGCUGCCCCUGGCCUCAGCCGUGGCUUCAGCACAGUCUACAAAGCCAAAGCGGGAGGUUUGCGCUUCUCACACCUGCUGGACCAGGUCUCUAGGAUUGAUCCAGAAAUGAGGAUCCGUUUCACCUCCCCACAUCCCAAGGAUUUUCCUGAUGAGGUCCUGCAGCUCAUCCAGGAGCGACACAACAUCUGCAAACAGCUGCACCUCCCAGCCCAGAGUGGGAGCACGCGAGUCCUGGAGGCCAUGCGGCGAGGAUACACAAGAGAAGCGUAUUUGGAGCUUGUGCACCACGUGCGUGACUCUAUCCCAGGAGUGAGCCUGAGCAGUGAUUUCAUCGCUGGGUUCUGUGGAGAGACAGAGGAGGAUCACCUGCAGACAGUGUCCUUGCUGCGCGAAGUCCGCUACAACGUCGGCUUCCUGUUUGCCUACAGCAUGAGACAGAAGACGCGGGCGCAUCACCGGCUGCAGGACGAUGUCCCCGCAGACGUGAAGAAGCGGCGGCUGGAGCAGCUCAUUGCCACCUUCAGGGAGGAGGCUGCAAGGGCCAACGCAGCACUGGUGGGACAGGCCCAGCUGGUGCUAGUGGAAGGGCCCAGCAAACGCUCUUCCUCGGAGCUGUGUGGGAGGAACGACGGCAACAUCAAGGUGAUCUUCCCUGACGCCGAGCUGGAGGAUGCUGCCGAGCGCGGGGCUCCAGGCAGAGCCCAGCCUGGGGACUAUGUGCUGGUGAAGGUAACCUCUGCCAGCUCGCAGACCCUGCGGGGAGUUCCGCUCUGCCGGACCUCCCUGUCCCGUGCUGCUGCUGCUCACUGAGGGAUCCCUGCUGCCCCUGGAUGGAAGCAGCACAUGUUCUCCAUGAAGAAACAAGGACGUGUGGUCAGGUGGAGAGAUGUGGUAGAGCCAUGGAGAUAUAUAUGUAUAUUAAAAUUUAUUUAUGAAAUAAUAAAACACAUAUAUAUUUCUGC